AUGGACGGCCGGCCUCGGAGGCGGUGGUCCCCACCAGGGCCCUCGCGCCCGCCCAGCUUCCGCCUGGCCGCCCUGGCCGCCCGGCUGCUGGCCUUGCUCCUGCUCGCCGGGCCCCCGCAGCUGGCAGGAGGGCAGUCGGUGACCCAGAACAGCCCCCCCAUCAUAGUCUCUCUGGCCAACACAGUCGUGUCCUUCAACUGCACCAUCACCUACCUGUACACCCCCCAGUUCAAGGCCUUCACCGUCUCCUACCUGCACGAGGGCACUCAUGGCCGGUCAUCCCAGCAGCCCAUCAAAUGCCCUCCUGGCUUGGGCAUCGAGAACCAGACCCACACCGUGGCGUGUGGGGUUACCCUCAAGCUGGCCAAUGCCUCAGCCACGGGUACCUACUACUGCUUCGUCCACUGGCAGACAGUCGUCGUGAGAGGCCAGGGCACCUUCAUCUUGGUCAGAGACACGGGGUACCAGGAGCCCUCCCAGGGCUCCCAGAGGUUCCUGCUCUUUUUCUUCCUUGGCCUCCUGAUAGUCUUGAGCCUCCUGGGCACGGCGCUGCUGUUCUGGAAGAAGGCACAGGCUCCAGGGAAGCACCUUGCCCAGAAAUGCCCAGUCACCAGUCCUGCCAAGGGUUCCCAGGAGCUGCCGCCCGAUUCCGAUUCCGUCUACACGGCCCUGCAGCGCCGACAGACUGAGGUCUACUCCUGUAUCCAGAGCGAGGCCAGCAGCCCGCCCACCGCCCAGGGCCUGCACUCCCAGGAGAAACUGCGUAGAUUUGAGGAUGACAGUGAAUUUAACCUGGUCUAUGAAAACUUCUAGAGCCAGAACGCUGCCCGCCCCUCGGUGCCAGCCUUGAUCUGCGCCAGGAGCGAGCCCGCAGGGAGGCCCCGUCACGUCACCCCACGCUCUCACCUCCACCAGGGCCCGCACUCCAACCCCCAUUCUGCUGCACCCCAGCGACACCCACCGCUUGUUCCCUGUCUCCUGGCCUUGGUCCAGGGCCCCUCUGCCAGGCAGCCUUUCCUCCGUCGCCAGGGGCUGCCGACACCCCACGCCCCAGCCCUCCCAGCCUCUUGAGACACAGCCGUGUGGCACGGCUGCCCCCAACCCCGCCGGGCCACCUGUGGACACUCAGGCUCCUGCCCCGGCCUGGCAUGCUGUGUGUUGGCAGCGGGCGGCGGGGAGUGGGGUGACUGUGCCAGCCCCCAGGGCCCCACUGCUCAGGUAGAUGAAGGCAUGAGGCAGCCACACCGGGUGGCAGUGGGGGGCUGGCGUGGGUGGUCCAGGCAGAGGCUGGAGACCAAGGACAGGGUGGUUGUGGCGCUGGGGUUCUGGAGCGGGGAGGGGCCCAGCAUGUGGGGGAGGUGCAGGCUGAACAGGAGCUGAAUAUCCUGAACCUCUCCCCUCCCCCCAAAGGCCGCCCAGGUUGCCCUUGGCUCACUGUCACCCCUGCUCCGGGAACCUGCCCCACCCCCAGGGCGUCAGCUGCUCCUCCUCCACAGCUCCCGUGCCCAGAGAGGGACUGGCCUUUCCUGACCCUACCCACCUCCCCAGUCUUUGUCUUAUGCCCCAGGACCCGUGAUCGGGGUGGGGACACCCCCCCACCAGCCCCUGGCCUCUUGCCCUGAGGCCGCCUCUCCCCGGGUUUAGCUGCGCCGGCCCUGCCCCGUGAACUCUGUUCAAGCACAGCCAAGGGACGCCCACAGUGCUGUUAACCCCAACUGCUGCCACUCCUAACACUGAGGGGGUGUUUAGGGUACACUCUCUAAAGUGGGGUCCAUCAUCCAUAAAGACAAAGCGAACUCUUAGUGUGAUCCACCUUUAGUUGAGUGCGUGUGUGCAGAGGAGAAUGUUCCUAAUUAAAAGUU